GUCUAUUGAGCUUUUCGAUGCGAUAUGUGUUAAAUGUAAUAUAGAAAAACGGGGAUGAGGGUUGUUCGUGCUGAGUGCUGACGUAAGUCGAGCCUCGCGCAAGUUAGGUUUGCAAGCUCCAAUCGCUCCGCAGCCGCACUUGCUCCAAGACUCCAAUACGAGCCGAGUAGUCGCCGUGAAUGCCUGUGCCGUACGGCGCUGUUACCGACACGUUUACUAAUUCGCAUCUCGCGCACCAAUACGCGGAAACUAUCACUUUCGCUAGUUACAUUCUUGUUUGAACCAUGAUGACGCAGUGAAAUUUAUCUUGUGCAUUUCCCUGGCAUCUCUACCACGGCGGCAUUGCAAGAGAAAAACAUGCCUCAGUGGGCAAGCGCUGAAGGCGGUGGUUCAGAAGCGGCAUCUCCCGAUCAAAUGAUGCUGUGCUAUGACAACGGCGGCUCCGAGUACUAUGAUAGUAAACAAGAGGAGGCGGAUAUAAAAAUCGAGCAAGCUGGUGAUUUCUACGAUAGUGGCAGUGGUAGUGAUGAGCAAGUUCCUCGUCGGGUAUGCAGGCCUCGACGGACACCAGCGAGCUCUUCCUCUUCGGGAACAACAAGUGGUUCCAGCGGACCCGGUCGUCGACGCCGCUGCGGUAUAUCCGCCCGGGAACGUAAUUUGCGUAGAUUAGAAAGCAAUGAACGGGAACGAAUGCGGAUGCAUUCGCUAAAUCGUGCGUUUGAGGAUCUUCGUCGUGUUAUUCCUCAUGUUAAAAAGGACAACCGGAGUCUGUCGAAGAUAGAAACAUUAACCCUUGCCAAAAAUUAUGUGAAAGCCCUGACAAAUGCCAUAUGCACCAUGAGGGGUGAAGUUCCUCGUUAUUUAUUCAACAGUGAUGAUGAGAAUGUAGAGCCGGUUUUCGUUCUAAGCAGGGAGCAAGAACAUAACAACAACUUGCCAAACGACCAUGACAGGGAAGACCCCUCGCCGGUGCCAAGUGGGUGCCUUUGACGACGCAAUGAUUCCUAAACUGCGGGCCCACAAACUAUAUCAGCAUGCAUGGACAGGAACUCGAAUACACGAGGGCAGUUCAGCAAAGAAAAAUAUAUAGAGAUAACGUUAACUAAUGUUAAUUCUAAAUAUUUUUCCUUUCAUGCUCCUAAAGUCAAUCCUACGACUACCUGGCAAUGUAUGGACAUCGAGACAGAACAAACAUGCUAUAUUACCUAGUCGUAGAUUAACUUGCAUGAAAAGAUUAUUUAUGACAUUACAAUUAAUGACGCUAUUUAAAAAAGAAAAAAAAAAGAAAAAGGAAAGUAAUUGGUUACUAUUGUACCUGCAAUACCAAAAG